UAAUUUAUGCUGUUUACGACGCAGGUACGAGUCGCCUUUUUCCCGAAGCCAACGGAAUGUUGCAGCAAUAAACAAGUCAAAGAGAUGACAUGUUUUGGGGACUCGCAGAGUUUCUAUAACCCGCCUUGUUGUUGCCUGAGUUGUUUAUUUGUUUGUUGGCAUCGGUUUUUCGAGUGGUGUCCGAAGCAUCGCUUCGCAAGGAGUGCGUAGAACGUACAGGGAACAAGAGCAGGCUGGAUGCGCGUUUGCCGCGCUGCGAGGGCGGUGGCCGAUUUGUAGAGCCGCGGUGAUUGCGAUCGAGGGGGGCUUCUACGCGGAUCUGGACGUUCAGUUUCGCGCUCCCCUUGGGCAUCUUGUAGACAACACGACGACCUUCAUGACCUCGUUCGAUGCGAGUUGCAACAUAUUGAAUGCUGUUUUCGCGGCGGAGCCCCGCAGCGAGGUCAUGCGGUCUGUCAUGGAAUUUAUCAAGGAUUGGUACAGAUUCAACCGCGUCGAACACGGUGCCGGAUGGAUGGGCACUACUACGAUGCGCGACGGAUUGGAAAAGGUAAUGAAGCAUGACUGCCCGUGGAUGAACCUCAGAACUUCGAAGAGGUUCCAGUUCGCCUGCGGACGUCGCCAAACCCUCCGACUAUACAGAGAGAAGCCUCUGAAGUGUGAUGCGCCAGGCUCGGCAGAAUGUCCGCCGGGCCGGGCCGACGGGUUCGGUGGCCUCCGCUACGGCAUCUUCGAGCCCGGGCCCGAGAGGAAUUUGGUGGCAUGGUCCCGCUUCGACGCCUGCACGAAGUUUGGUUGUGACGAGCGACGCGUGGAGGCGAUCUGUAACAAAAAUGUGUAGGUGGUCACAAAGGCCUAUCCUGCCUAGGUGAAGUGGGUCAGUUUGGAAGCCCGUUGCAACAUGUUUAGUACACUUCUUUUCUAUUGAUCCGAGACGGUAUAUGUUUGAAUGAGCUUGCUCUGGCCCUGCGCGCCUGGCUGCUGCUGCUCAUCGUUGAACUCUUCGGCGUCUGAGCGUCCCUUUUUCCUCUCGGCCG